GGAGCUUCUCUGCGCAUGCGCAGUGCGGGACUGAGAGAGAGAGAGAGAGAGAGAGAGAGAGAGAGAGACACCCCAUCCAGACCUGAGAGAUCUCAGAAAGCUAAAGCACGAGCUGCAAGAACUGCAACACCUUUGGUCUUCGAAGAAGAUCUGGACUUUGGUGGCCUUUUGAUCUUCUUCGGGCGGCCUUUGAUCUUCUGCGUCGUGUCCUCGAGCCUGGUGGGGCCUCUGCACCACGUCCAUCCAUCCAUCAGAGCAGCCAUGUCCAUUGGGAGUGACUUUGGGAACCCUUUAAGGAAAUUUAAGCUGGUAUUUUUAGGGGAGCAGAGCGUUGGAAAAACGUCACUGAUAACGAGGUUCAUGUACGACAGCUUCGACAACACCUAUCAGGCGACAAUUGGGAUCGACUUUUUAUCAAAAACCAUGUAUCUGGAGGACCGAACCGUGAGGUUACAGCUGUGGGACACUGCCGGACAGGAACGCUUCAGGAGCCUCAUCCCCAGCUACAUACGGGACUCCACAGUGGCUGUGGUUGUGUAUGACAUCACAAAUGUGAACUCAUUCCAGCUGACCUCUAAAUGGAUCGAUGAUGUCAGGACGGAGAGGGGGAGCGAUGUCAUCAUUAUGCUUGUGGGCAACAAAACAGACCUGGAGGAGAAGAGGCAAAUCACGAUUGAGGAAGGUGAGCAGAGGGCCAAAGAGCUGAAUGUGAUGUUCAUUGAGACGAGUGCUAAAACCGGCAGCAAUGUAAAGCAGCUGUUCCGGCGAGUGGCCGCUGCUCUGCCCGGCAUGGAGAGUCUGGACGACACUAAUAAAGAGGGCAUGAUCGACAUCAAGCUGGAUAAACCGCAGGAGCCUCCGGCCACCGAGAGCAGCUGCUCCUGUUAGUACAGCGCCCCCUCAUGGACACCUUCAUUUACACAACCUGCUUGUUCUGUUGCUUCCCAUGGGUCAGCAUCCAGUUGAGCGUAAUGAUUGGACAUAGGCUUUUUUACAUCCGAACAAGUGGCCAAACUCUGUCUGAGCUCUCAGAUGUAAAAAAAAAUCACAUCCACAUUAUUAACACAGAUGCCAAAAAUACACAAGCGAACAAAAACGAACACAAAAAGAGCGUAAAAACACACGUAAAAUAAUACGACGAUAAUACUUGCUGUUGAAAAAAAGAUGUAGGGAACGAAAUGACACGAGUAUCGUUUCUUUGGGAUGGAUUAGUGUACGUUUCACGUUACGUUAUGUUUUGUAUUUUUGUACGUGAAGUGAGGCGCCAGUGAUGCCUUCACCCAGAAAUAAUGAGAAUAUGGAACAGGCAGGAGCUGCUGUGGACCGGAUCAUCGUUUUUAUUAUACUUACUUAUCAUACUCACUUAUGCAUGUCAGCCCUGGAUUCAUAGAUUCACUUAUUUUAGAGUCACUUAUUUUAGUCCAGUAUGCAUUAUGCAUAUUAGUGUUAGAACAAACCAAUCAACAAUGCUCUGAUGCUUGAAGUUAAUAGAAAAGACCAGAAAAGAGCAGAUGUACAGAUAGAGCUGAGUGGGUGUGGUGCAGUAAAUGGUACUUCAGAAAGUAAGAAAAAAAAACUGCACUGAAUGAACAGGAUAUAAAUAUGUUAAAAUCACAUAUAAUAUAUUAAAUCAGCACAGUGUGGUCAUUCAGUUUUAGUGGCUUUCUGCAAUAAAUAACUCUUGACGUUUAAAUAAUUAUCAUAGUACAGUAAAUUUCUCUAGAUUUCACAUCUAGGCCUGAAAAUAACUAUUUUUUUGUGCCAGAAAUAAUUGUGAUUUAGCAUAUUAUAUAUGUAUAUAUAUGUAUAUAUAAUUUAAUGCCACUCGUACUGUAUAAUAAAUAUAUUGUGUCAAUUAGAGGCAAAAGUUUAAAAGAAAUAUGCAACACAGUUGCAUUGAAAACAAUCAAAGUGACAAAAAAAACACAAAGACUAGAAAACAACAAAAAAAAACUCAGACAUUCGGAUUAUAAGGUGCAUUUUAAAAGACAAUAGUAAGGAACAAUGGUGUCGCCAUUUUCUCUUCCAAUGAAUGGGAAGCUGGGGGAAGCGCCUAAAUAAACAAAACUGUAAUUCUUAAAAAAAAAUAAUAAUUUUCUUUUAAAAGUCAAACAAGUGCUGGAUGUUAAUCUACACAGAUUCUUCCUCUGAAACUGUUUAUUAAACCGUUAACAGUUUACAGUAAACUUAGAUUUCCAGGAUUUCUAAAUGAUUCAAAAUUAAAUCUGAAUAUUCUGAAUAAUUAAAAAAUUAAAUAGGGUGCGUAAUAAUGCUAAUCAUAAUAUUUUUUUAUAUCAGUAGCAUGAUAUGGUCUUAAAAUGAUAUAUUUUAGGAACUAUGCUGUAUGUUAUAUAGUACAAUGUUACUUUUUUAUUUUUAUUAAGUAUAUUCCACUAAGCUAUGUGUAAAGAGUUGCUCCAGUCAAUUUUACUUUUAGUUUUACUUUUAGUUUAACUUUUAGUAAAUUUAGCACAAGAAAAGUUUCAAGAUUCCUCCUAAAAUGAAUCAAAUCAAUUAUUUCUGGAACAAUAAAAAUGCGUAUCAUGACAGGCCGUGACAUGUUUGAUUAUUAAUGAAAUUAAUUCCAUUUACUGCCUCACAUCCCUCAGUGCAGGUUAAGCACGCCGGUUUACCGGUACAUAUUGAAGUUUUUUGCGUUUUUGCACCUUUUUUUAAGUUUUAAUGACUUUAAUGACGUACUCACAGACCUCGACUGGUCACAUGACACUGUAUCUCAUCAACCCUUCAUUUCCCCACCAAUCAGCCAGCUUUACAUGUUUCUGUAAACUGAGGCUGAUGAUUAGCUACAAUUAGUCCACCUUUAGAGUACAGUUUAAAAAGUCCUGCAGGUUUUUUGUUUUCUUUUCUGGCUUCAUUCCCACAAUUCCUUCACCUUCAGAUCUGCCACUCUGUACUGUACUGUACUGUAUAUAGUAUUUAUAUUAUCAUCAACAUCCAUUAAACACGACCCCCGUUCACCUAUUAUGUUCCGAUAUAAAAAGGGCUGCACUCCGACUCCCUCCGCUAUGGUCAUAUUCUCCAGAUUCUUCACUAGCAGGAUUGGUUCUGAUUGGUUUAGGUUGGUUUUGGUUUUGGAAUGAUUUGGGCAAUUUUUCUGUUGCCUUAAAUGGACAAACAGAUGAAUUUAUUUUAAGAGGGGCUGUCCCAGCUGGCACCAGAUAUCAAUUUGACAUCAGAAAGAUGUUGGAAUUUUAGAACAUUCAAAAAAUGUUGUUUAUUUAGUCAAAAAUGUAAUUAAAAAGUAAAGAUGUUGAAGUUUGGUUGGAAAUCAAAAUACUGGAAGUCACAAAUCUGCCGAAAACAUUGAGUUGACAAAGUCCAACAUUAGACAGACGUUUUAACUUUAGUUAAAAAUGCGAUUUGUGUUGACAUCAAUUGACAUUUUACAGAUGUUGCAUUUUGUUUGGAAAUUCAUGACAUCUGUAAAAACCAAACCACUAGUUCCAACAUUACAUAGAGGUUGAAAUUCUCUUUGGAAAUUCAUCACGUCUGUUGAAAACCAGCCUCAAUUUCCGACGUUUGAUAGACGUUGAAGUUUCUUUAGAAAUUCCUGUCUGCUGAAAAUCAACCUUAAGUUCCAACAUUAGACAGACGUUAAAUUUUGUUGGCUUAACACCAUGACUUAAAAGCAACAAAUUCUGUGUAACAAUGAAAUAAUUUUUUAAUAUUUUGUCUUCGUUAAUAUUAUAAAGUUUAGCAGACGUUUUUUCUCACCGCUCUUCACAGCUGGUAUUAUUGGCAUGUGAUGUUUGGAAGAAUUUUGGUUGCAUCACAACAACACAACUUAAAACAAAACUAAAAUAAAUUUUACAGUGUGAGUUAAAAUUCUAAACUUUCGUAGACAUUCGUUGUUGGUCAUCAUGUCUCACAGUUAAAUGUUGAUAUGAUGUUGACAACAAGUUUGAUAGACAAUUGACAAAUACAUGAAAUGCAUGACUUAAAACCAACAACUUAUAAAAGUUUGAGUUUUUAAGUUGUGGGAACGUUUACGUUAGUGUGUGAUGUUUAGAUAGCGUUGGACUUUUUUACUUGACGUAAACCCAAUGUUUGUUUGAUGUUUAAGCUCCGUCGUUAGGCAGAUGUUGAAUUUUGGCUGCUUAUUUGGACAGUUUGACUUAAAACCAACAACAUAUCAACAUCUAACAAUGUUAGAACUACAAAUUGUGUGGAUGUUAACGUGUUAAAGUUAAAGUUAAAGUUUAUCAGAUGUUUGGAAGACUUGAUUUACUUCUGAAAAAACAAUGUAAAGACAUCACUGUUGUCCCUGUUCUAUGUUAAAUUAGCGUUUGGCGCUUUGAUAAUGAGUUUUGGUCAAACAAUGUCACUUUCAUUUACAUUCAACUAGAUGUUGAGGUGACCAGCUGGGGCGGGACAUAGAAAACCAUUUAAAAUUUUAUUUUACCAUUUUAACUCAUAUAGCGGGUUAAUAUCAUCGUUAUUAAGAAAAUAGGUAACACUGUACUAAAGGGAAAUGACUACACACUGAAGUUACAAUAAAAAUUUUACUUUAUUAGUUUUAGGCCUAUGCAGGUGUUAUGCAGUCCUAUAUGAGCACUGAUCCUUCAGUACAGUAAAGUCAAGGCUGAAGAGAAGAGGACUAUUUUGAGGUUUCACUCAAAUUUGAGGUAUUUUAUCUGUUAAAUAGAAGACUUGAGUUGCUUUUUUUCUCCGUUAUUGUUGUUGCACAGCGACUGAAGGCCAGUGUUUUGUUAUAUUAAAUUUUUUUUAAUACAUGCACUUUGUUCCAAUGUCUCGAAAAGAAGGAAAUAUGUCGUUGUCCAGUCCAUCCAGUGAUCAGAUACGCUGAAUUUUGUCACAUUUCCCCUCGUGAGUGUUCAGUAGAGCAUGCCUCCUCGUCCCUCGAGCACAUUUUGGAUACACGUGCAGGUUAUAAAUGAUUAUUAAUACAGAAUGAUUGUCGUUUCUCACCUGAAGGACGCUGAUCUGUUCCUCCCGAGUGGAUAAAAGUCCUCAGAUCCGGAGGGGAUUGUACUAAACGGAGCAGAGCUGGGGGGGGAGAAUGUACAGAAACGUGGCUGAAGGCCACUCUCUAUAAGAUUCAGGUCAUUGCACCAAUAUGCUAAAGGAAUGUGAACUGUUUACUUAUCACGGUAGUCGUAGUAGUAUCUUUAAUAUUUCAUAAUAAUGUCUUAUUUGAUAUAUUAUAUGUGUAUUUUUUUCUGUUUGUUUACAUGAAUGCACUGACACCACUGUGUAUAGAUGUUUAUAGGUUAAUUUUGGCUGUUUUUUAGCCCUUGUAAAGACGUGAAGGUCUGGUUAGUUCAUUUUUUUCCGGUGUGAGUACACUCUUAAAAAUGAAGAUUCUUCAAAGGUACUUUAAAUGGUUCUUGGAGCGAUGCUAUAGGCUGAGAAAAUGAUAUAUUAGCACGUCUAAUCCUCUCAGAUCCUCUCAGUUAGGAAUUUAUUUGUAGGUUUUACGUGAUUUUAGAGCCUUAUUCUACUAAAAAUAUUUAAUUCCUUUAAAAACAAUAAUUUUGCUUAUUUAAAAAAAGAAAUUCCACUUAAAACACCCAAAAUUAUCCAACAGUGAAAUAAAUACUAUACAGAUUUUAGAUUAAAAAAUUGUGCUCUAGGUGACUCCAAAGCUUUGUCAGUAUAAUCCGAGGAUUCCGGCUUCUCCAUCAGCAGCCGGAGUCUGAGAGAGCACAAUUGGCCAUGCUCUCUCUGGGAGGGUAGGUGGCGCUCUCUUCACUCAUCAUAUUUUAAUGCUGGUCAGCACAGGCAUCUGCUAGCUAAUGUUUCAGAGCUGGGGAUCCGGCACUUUCCUCCAAGUGCGCAGUUGGAAAAGAGGCGGAGUCUGACUUCACAUGUAUUAGAGGAUGCAAGUGUUCUAGUGCUAGUGCUAGUGUUGAUCCUUCUAGUGUUAUAACUGUGUAAUUCUAAAAAAAAAAUAUAUAUACAUUACUAUUCAAGACGAAAGAGGAAUAAGAUCAUGGACAAAAAAAUCUGCUGUUAGGGAAAAUAGGGAUAGUUAUUUGCCAUUAUCUGAUACUUUCAGUAGAUAGAAUUGCUUAAAACAAGUAAAAUUUAUUUAGAAAAAAUUUAAACCCUUUCUCGUGAAUGGGGAAACAACAAUUAGUGUCAUUUAUUUAUUUUUCUUUCAUUUUAAAGAAUACGCCUGUAUCAAGCGCUUUUCGUAAAAUCAGGAAACAAUUGACCAAUUUCGAAAAAAGGUAAUGUAAGUACAAAUUCCAGAAACUGUGCUUACUUUUAAUAAUUCCAACAUAAAAAUUCUCGUUUAGAGAGUUUACAGAUUUGAAAUGAACAGGUAUGCUACUAAACAAUUUCUACAGCGCCCUCUAGAGGAUGUUAUUAGUUUAACAUGACCAUCUGAUUGGUGGAGAAUCAGGGCAGGUUAAGCUAACAGUGGGUUAACAGUGUAACAAUGCCAAAUAUUAAAUAAUAAAACUAAAUUUUAGAGGAUUAUACUAAAGAGACUUGCUAAAAUAUGAUUUUCUCAGUGAAGUCGCUGGAUUGAAGAUGUUUUAAACUUGAUUCAUCUCUUAUUAAUCUCACAUUCUCAUAUUUAACCUAGACUGUCCAGCCUUUUACGUUCUUACCUUCCACUUUUGUGACACUAGUGUGCCUUCUGUUAUUCUAACACCAAAAUGCAAAGCUCUCAUUGUAUGGCUAGAAAACCGAGACAGGGGACGUGGUGGGCGGCGGUCACUCCCGAGACGCACCGGCAUGACCCCUGCGUGCCGGACGGCUGUGUGAUGUAAUAACUCCUUUAAUGAAAUCCCGUGUUCACUCUGUCCAUCAGCGAGGUUAAGCUGUAGCAGGUCCAGUGUGAGAGGAUGCUGAGUGUGUGUGUGGCCAGACGCCCUGCGGUGCCCGCUGCGAGCCCGCCGGGCAUGCUGGGAUUGAGGCCAUGGGCUUGAGCAGAGCAGUGCAGUUGGCUCUCUAUUCAUUCUGUAUGGACAUUUAUGAGCAUGACAUCUGUCUGAAAAGAUCAAUAAACUCUACGUGUUAAUACCA